AUUCUGUGUUUGAUUAACCAAAGCAGGGAGACGCACUGUGCUCGCUGGCUCACGUCUUCAAACCAUGCAGGGCAUAGUCGUCGUCUCAGGCCUUACUUGCAUACGGCUGAUUCAAAGAUUGAAGAAUCCCGGGCACAUAGCGACGCGUUUGUAUUCCACCACGAUGGAGAAACCCUAUGUCCUAACGAGAAAGUUUGGCAGACCAGAAGCCAUCUACAGUUCACUCUCAUCUUUGGUAGAGGAUCAUUUUACUGUGAUCGAUUUCGAGAAGAUGGCAAGCCAACCAGAGGUCAAGCAAAAGAUCCAGGCAAUUCUGGUGUGGGGCUGUUCUACCUACAUCAACAGUUCAUUCCUACAAGGACUUCCUAAUUUGAAGGUUGUAGUGAAUGGAGGUGUGGGAGUGGAUCAUUUGGACAUCCCCCUAAUUAACAGUUUUGGGGUUAAAGUGACAAACACUCCUGAUGUUGUGUGCAAACCUACAGCCGACCUAGCCAUGGGGCUAAUGUUGGCAUCUGCCAGGAACAUCAUACAGGGGGAUUCCUUUUCUCGGGAUCACGAGGAAGGGGAGGAUAUCGGUGAGAUUCACCUUGGAAAAGACAUCAGCAACAAAACACUAGGAAUUGUUGGAAUGGGUAACAUCGGAAAGAUGGUGGCCAAAAGAGCACAAGGCUUCGACAUGAAGAUAUACUACCACAACCGGACACGCAGGCCAGUGGAGGAGGAGCAGAAGGUGGGGGCAGAGUACUGCCCUGUACUCAAUGAUCUAUUAGCUAUGUCUGAUUACGUUGUGGUGUUGGUUAAUCUAACCGCAGCGUCCACACAUUUGAUUGGAAGAGAGCAGCUUUCAGCUAUGAAAUCCAGCGCCACCCUGAUCAACAUCAGCCGAGGGAAAGUGGUGGAUCAGGAGGCCCUUGUUGAAGCUCUUCAGAACAAAGUAAUCCAGGCUGCAGCGCUAGAUGUGACCUACCCUGAACCGCUGCCCAGAGGCCAUCCCCUGUUAUCUCUUCCUAAUGUCAUUGUGCUACCCCACAUGGGGACUCACACAUUGGAGACGACCUGUCUCAUGAUUAAGCAAAUGGUGGCCAAUGCGCUUGCAGCAUUGGCUGGGGACACACCCCCUAAUGAGGUCAUAGUCUGAUCCUCUGGAAAGCCACUGGAGAGGCUGAUACCUUUUUAUCAUUAAAAGCAACAGACAUCUUAUCAGUACUGUAGUAAUAAUGAUGUUAUAAAGUACAUAUAAUCUAUGUGAAUUAUCUAGGAAUCGCAUCUUAAUCUGUUGAAUAGAUUUCCAUACCUAAUCUGUAUUUACCCAGAUGUUUUUAGAAAUGUUAUAAUUUAUUCUUCUUCACCUCUAUUGUAAAUCCCCUCGUAUCAGCUAAAUGUGUUAAUACUUUAGUCGUAGUCGAAUCGUUAGUAUUAUUAUGUAUGCCAUUAAUUUAUAAAAAAUCCUGUGGUAAAUGAUCCAUUAAUUAUAAUAGGGACACCAUAGAGCAAAGCUUUUCAAAGGUACAUUGCAGGACAUAUCUUAUAAUCAUGAUUAAUUUAGACUUAAACGUAUGCUUCCAAGUAAUAAAAAAUAAUUUAAAGUAAUUAUCUUAAUAUGAACCAUAUAUGUAUGAUGAAUUAUUCCCAUAGACAUUAAUAUGUUCUGAAUGACUUAUAAUGAAAUACUUAAUUGUACUUGCUUAAUUGUGAUAAAAAAAAUGUUUACACUUUGUUCAAUCAGAUCUCGACUGUAUGUGCAGACAGAAACAAGACUAAAAAAAUAAGAUGCCAGCUCAAAGCCUGGGUUCGCUGGUUGACCAGUGUGUAAGCUCUCAUGUGCUCCUGCUGCCUUGAGCUCUUUGCUACAAGACUAUCAAUAUCUUACAUUAAAGACAUCCAACUGA